AUGGCGGACCAAUGCCUGCGACGUACCACGAAACCACGAACUGAUUUGCACCUUUUGGGGUGUCUCUCUGUGGCUGGUGGGAGGGUUGGUGGCGAUAUUGUCGUCUUCGGUCCCUGGGAUUCUGCAGGACACAUACUUCCGGCAGAGAAGCCCACACAAAAUAAGCCGGGCAAUGGGUGGGGCGGCGGGCUGAGGUGGGCUCGCAGUAACAAGUGUGAAUCGAUCAUAGACAUAUGGCUUUAUGCUUGGAUGAUGGGCUUGCGGGAGCCAGCCACGUUGAGAUCUGCUCACCCAGGAAUUUUUUCAGGCUGGCGCUCCGGCAUUGCUCGACCCAAUGGAGAGCAGAAGGCGGUUGGCGCUGUCAGUUGUCACCAAGUGUCUCAAAUAAUAAUGCGCCAGGGUUUAGCGUUGCGGGCGGACGCUGACGGUCAGUCGCCGUUGUUGGCGGGCAGACGUGUGCCUCGAUCUCUGAAACCAAGCAACCAGGAACGCCUUGGUUGGCCUGAGCCGUUUGUGCGUGGAUGA